CCUCAGUGAUCUUCGAAGCGGAUCUAAUCCAGAUUUGAUGAACUUGGUUAAUAGACUUCCUCCUCUUGUAAUGAAAGAAAUUGAAUUGCUGCCGCUUGUUUCCUGCACACGACCGUAACUCCGCCCCUCGCGUUCUCCACACGCGCCCCUCUGUAAAUAAAAGAAAACCCUUGCCCCCCAAAAAGUUCAGGACAACUUUUACUUUCCAAAGCAUAAAGAAGAGUUUGCUGGGUUUUCAAAAUCUUACAGCCUGAGAAGAUGCAGCAGUUUCACGAAAAACUAGAUAUCAGAUGCUGUCUGGUUGACCAUACCGCUUAUUCAGCUGGCACAAGUUGUGGAGGUUACAAACAGGCAGAGGCGGGUGUGAUUUAUCAUGACCGAGAAGAAACAGGUCCUCUCCACGGUAUAGAGGUCUGGGGAGAAUCGGCAGCACAAAACCUCCUUCAAGCUAAAUGGAUCGACCUUAGCAGCCCAACAGGUCGAGGGAAAGCGCAGUCACUCGAAUGCAAUCCAUGCGCUCUUGUGGAGCUACGGGUACCAGGUACCUCUGGUUACAGCGACAGGGAACCAUGCGACCUGGUUCCGGUUCAGAAACGACGUCGCGAGGCUGCCAAUGCCCGAGAAAGGAGGCGUAUGCUCGGUUUAAAUCUAGCUUUCGAUCGGCUCAGGAGUGUCAUACCGACUCUGGAGAGUGACAAGAAGCUGUCAAAGUCAGAGACUCUUCAAAUGGCUCAGAUAUACAUCUCCGCGCUUUGCGACCUGCUUAAAGGCAGAGGGGCCGCGGACAGUGAUGCGCAAAAGGAGCGGUCUCAGAGUCCCGGCGGCUGGAACUCUGACUAUCUGCCUGGGUCUUGCGAGAUAAAGGACAGGCCACCAUCUAGUCACGAUUCAGAGGACAGGUCACCAUCUAGUCACGAUUCAGGACAUAGAACAAUGAAAAGAGGGCAACCCCGGGAUUCUCCAUCGUGCGUUUUACAGGGUUCCCGGGACUGCUCGGAUCGGUCAGACAGCGACUGUGAUGAAGCAUUCCUGCAAACUGAAAUAACGGGUUAUAUUGAUCUCUGGGAACGACAGAAUGGGACUAAAUGAAUACAUUAUUUAAUCAAAUACAUCGAAGUCAAUUUAAUAAGAAAUAUUACAAUAUUUGUGAAUUUGACUGGACUGGUCAACAAAGUCAUGUAGGAGGUACACCUACUUUACGCGCCGACAAUGUAAAGUCUCAUGUCAUGUGUGACUUAAAAAUAUCAUGUAAUAAUGGCUACAUGCCGUAAUGCAAUGGAUACUGUAAUGUAUGUAAUGUAUUGGAUGGCCACCAAUUAUUGGUAUUUGUAUAAACGUUUAAUAUUUGGUACAAUUGUAAUCAUCCUUAAUCUUUGCAAUAUGCCUGUGGUAAAUUAUGUGGCAAAGUUAUGUAAAUAAAUUUGAUUCCGAUUUUUCUGUAA